AUGGCUGCCUCCCACGCCUCCGACCGCGACGCCCUCACCAAGCGCGUCCUCCCCGAAAUGACCCUCGCCCAAGGCCGCUCCCCCGCCGCCGAAGCCCGCAUCGACGCUCUCCACCCCGCCGCCCGCGCCUCCGCGGCCGGCCGCUUCAGCAUCGCCGGCAACGCCGUCGUCACGGGCGGCACCGGCGCCAUCGCCAUGGUCGUGGCCAGGGCGGUGCUGCAGCACGGGGCGUCGGGCCUGAUGCUGCUUGAUCUCAACGUCGAAGCGUCGCGGGAUGCGGUCCAGGCGCUGCGGGACGAGUUCCCCGACGUCAAUAUCGAGACUCGUGAAGUCGAUGUCACUGACGAAGAAGCCGUCACAAAGGCCAUUGAUGAGGCGGUCACGACGCUGGGCUCGGUCGACAUGCUAGUCUGUCUUGCCGGGAUAGUGGGAUGCGCACACGCCCUGGACAUGCCCAUCUCGCAAUGGCGAAGAGUCCUCGACGUCAACACCACGGGGGCGUUCAUCUGCGCCCGAGCAGCAGCGCGAGCAAUGGUUUCGCAAGGCAACGGAGGCAGAAUCAUCCUAACGGCGUCGAUAUCCGCGCACAGAGUCAACUUUCCGCAGCCGCAGGUGGCCUACAACGUUAGCAAGGGGGCGCUACUCAUGCUCAAGAGCUCGUUGGCGGCGGAGUGGGCGAGAUACGGCAUCACGGUGAACAGCAUCAGCCCGGGAUACAUGGAUACGGUGCUGAACGAGGGGGUGGGACUGGCUGCCGCACGGAAGAUUUGGAAUGAGAGGAAUCCGUCUGGGAGGAUGGGGUUGCCGGAGGAGCUGGCUGGGGUGGUGGUGAUGAUGUUGAGUAGGGCUGGGUCUUAUAUGAAUGGGGCGGAUGUUGUUGUUGAUGGAGGAGGCCAUGUGUUUUGA